AUGAAUAAUUAUAAUAAAUCAGCUAAACAAAGAAUAGAAAUAGAUAUUCUAAAAUAAUAUUAUUCAGAAUCUGCAGCACAAUUCAAUAGAGAUUAAGAUGCAAUGCAAUUAAUGUUAAAUAAAUCUGAAAGAGAAAAAUAAGAAGCAACAAAGAAAUUUUAAUUAAUUAGCAGAAACUUUGAUUCAACUAAUAAUUAUCAAAUAACUUAAGAGAAUAAUACAUUAUUUAAAACAGCUAAAUAUGCAAUAAAUGGUUUUGAGAACCAACCCUUAAAUUAAGAAUCUUAACAUUAUUUUUAAUAAGAACUUCCUUAUAGUACAACUAAAGUAUAAGUAGUAAAGAGGUAACCAAGUGUAUAAACUGUUAUAGUAAAAAAUUAAAAAGAAUUACAGGAAGAAUCAAAAAUCUAUUUCUUAGAAGAGAAUAAUAUUAUACAUUCAUAGAGUAUUAUCAAUAUUAUGAAUGAUUUAAAUUAUCAUCGAAGAGUGUAGACCAGUUAAGAUAAAUAAUCUGAAAUAGAAUCAAUUAAACCUAAACCUUAUAAAACUGAAGGAUAAUCUGCAUCAGUUUCAUUUACUAAAGAAAUUUAAAAGAAUUAUGAACCAUAAUCAUUGGAAUAAUAACAUGAACCAAUACAUCAUAUUGAAUUUAAUAAAAAAGAAUAAAUCAAAGAGGAGAAGAUUGAUCUCUAAAUAGAUGACUUAUUGGAGGAAAUAUAGGGAUUGGUUGAUAAUUCUUCUAAGAAUCAAGUAUAAUCAUUAGUGUCUUCGAAAUUGAAAUAACAAACAGAGAGAAACUAAAUCUAAUUAGUAUUAGAUAGAGGAGAGAAUUUCUAACCUGUUUAAUUAUUAAAUACUUAAAUUAUUUUACAAGAUUCAAAAGUAUUAGAUAAUAGAAUUAAAGAUGAAAAUUUGGAAAAUUUAGAUAGAUUGAUAUUUGAAUUAUGUAAUUGA